CCAAGAAUUGAUUUCCGGUCGUCGUUUCCUCCCCGUAGUUGUCUGCAAGAUGCUUUGCAACCUUUAUAUGGAUUUCAUUUGAUCACUCUGAACCAAUUGUGUCCUUCCUCGGGACGCGUAGUUGUAAGAAAACACAGCUCCGACAUGCAGAUCCUGACUCCUCAUGUUUACUGGGCUCAGCGGCACGGAGAGAUCUAUCUCCGAGUGGAACUGAGCGAUGCAAAGAAUGUUGAUAUCUGCUUGCAGGAAGACAACACGCUUCAGUUCAGAGCACAGGGCCAUGGAGCUAAAGGAGACAACCAGUAUGAGUUCAGUUUGGAGUUCCUGGAACCUGUUAAACCUGAGAUUCGUCAAAAGUCCACCCAGCGUCAGGUGGACAUCAGGAUCAAGAAGCGGGAGGAGCGUUGGUGGGAACGACUGACGCUGCAGGAAAGGAAACCUUUGUUUCUGGCUCCAGACUUCGACCGCUGGCUGGAUGAGUCUGAUGCUGAGAUGGAGCUCCAAGCCAAGGAGGAGAAGAUCAACAGGAUUAGCGUGGAGUCGAGAGUUCGUAAAGACCCCUACCUCGGACUGAAGAAGGGCUACUUGUUCAUGUACAACCUCGUGCAGUUCCUAGGAUUUUCCUGGAUCUUUGUCAACAUGACGGUUCGACUCUUCAUCCUCGGUCAAGACUCGUUCUACGACACCUUUCACACCAUGGCGGACAUGAUGUAUUUCUGUCAGAUGAUGGCUGUGGUGGAGGUCAUUAAUCCCUUACUGGGGCUGGUUAAGACAGGAUUCGUUCCUGCUAUGAUUCAGGUGGCAGGGAGGAAUGUCAUUCUGUUUGUCAUCUUCGGCAGCCUGGAGGACAUGCAGAACAAAGCUGUGGUGUUUUUUGUGUUCUACCUGUGGAGCUCCAUUGAAAUCUUCAGAUAUCCGUUCUACAUGUUGGCCUGUAUCGGCACAGAGUGGAAGCUGUUAACUUGGCUCAGAUACAGCCUGUGGAUCCCUUUGUACCCACUCGGCGUUGUAGCUGAAGCGGUGGCUGUGAUCCAGUCCCUGCCCAUCUUUGAUGAGACGCGUCUGUUCAGCAUCCCGCUUCCCUCUGUCUUCGGACACUCUUUAAGUUUCUCCUACACUCUGCAGCUCUACCUGGUCCUCAUGUUUCUGGGACUCUUCAUUAACUUCCAACUUCUCUACAAACAAAGACAGAGACGAUACCGGUCCAGAAAAAGGAAAGUCCACUAACUGAUCCCCUUCCUCACCCUGCAUACACCCGACUUCAUUCCUAUUUAAAGGCGUUUUUUUUCCACUUUCUUACACUUUGAACUGAUGGCAUCAUCUUUUCCUGAUUCCUCCACUGGAUGAAAUUUAUUCUGUAAAGUCCUGCUGCACAAGUUCCAAAUUCCACUCUGUGUACACGUCUAGCAUAUUUGUUGUGUCUCAUUGUUAAGUUGUAUAUUUUCUGGUUAAUGCUUAUUUAGAGGAAUAGACUUUUAUUCUAAAACCAAUAUUGAAACUUAGAAACCAUGACAGGCAUAAGGUAUGUUUAAAGGUUUUAAUUUAGAAAUGGUUAAAUCUGGUUAUUCUAUGUUAGGAAAAUUAAACAUAUUCCCUUCAUGGAGGAAGUUAAUAGCUGAUGUGGGUCAGGUAAUAUCAGCGUUAUUAGCCCUGGUCCUCAAAACCAGAGUGUGCUGGGGCCUUUUAAUCACCCUUGUUCAUUUGUAUGCAUUUAUGGUAUUUAAUAUUUGAUCAAAUAUUUUUCAGACAGUCAUGUGUUGCUGUGUGUCAGAGCAACAAAUCAAAGUUUUAUUAAAGCUCAAAUCAUAGUCAAACGGUAACUGCAUACACAUGGAAUAAAGUCCCUUUAAAAUGUGAGAAUUUAUUUAAAAAAAAAAUUCAACUCCAGGUAAAACAUAUUUUAGUGAAAAACACCUAAAUAACUUAGUGUAACUCAACUAAACUCAAUAGCUAUUAUGUAUAUAAAGAAGAAAAGACAAGUUAACAUGGUUGAAAUCCGUUAAUAACAGCAUAAUACAAUGGUGACACAAUUCAUGAUGGAUUUUCAAUUGAGGAAUAAUUAAAUGAGCUUUUAAUCUAAAUAAGAGCAAUUGGAAUUAAAUUGGCAGCAUGAUAUUUAAAAAAAA